AUGGAAACUACGAUUGAUAUUACACCGCGUAAUCCUAUUCUGACACCUUCAGUGAGCCCUCUUGAUGCAGACUGCGUUAAAGAAGGUUUGAUUGUGUGUGAUAAACAGAAGAUAAAGGGAUACCAAUGGGUUAGUUUAGAUGAAUUAGUUGGAAUAUUUACUCGCAUUGGGCGUGAAGUGGAAGAAAUUGGCGUUGCAAAAACCUAUUCAUUGGCUGAAAGAGUUUCCUCUGUUGUAGAAGAAGCACGGCCUUUGCUUAUAAAGUAUAAAUUUAAUUUUGUUUUCAUAGUUAACCAUUGUCAAAUCCCAACAUCUUUAUACUGUACUUUACUUGGAAAGAUUCACAAAUUCCUAAGGAAAUCUGUAUGGCAAUUGGCAGGAAAUGGAACAUGCGUAAAUAACAUGAUAAUUGCUAUGGAAAACUUGAUGAUGAAAAAAUUCAUUUAUGAUAAAGUUACAUUCUUGGGCAUAGGGGUUUCAGUUAAAUUGUUGGAUCCAUGUUUUUGUCCUCCAACUGCUUAUGAUCUUGAUUUUAUAUGUCUCUAUCUGGAUGCCAUAUGUCAUUGA